UCUGCUGGGGAGAGACAGAGGAAAAGUUAGUCAAGAUGGCAAACCUCACAGACCCGGAGUGAAGGGGCACCGCUCCCCGAAAAAAAGCUGAUCCUGUCGCCCACAACAAUGCGAACUGCUGCAGGAGGCUUAAGAGGGAUUCCCUGAAGAAAAAUGCCAGCGAGGCUGAAGCUGAUGUGACACAGCUUGUGCUGGAAGAAAGCUGACUCAUCAAAUAUCAAUCCCUCUGGGAGCUACUAAGCAGCAGUGCAGCUCAUAUCUCCUAAUGCCUAGCUAGAAGAGAUCUUCACACACACACACUCCCCUACCACCAGCGGAGAUUAUCAGAGAGGAGAAGACGUUGCAGAAACCCCCUCCAGCAGGAAUAUAUCCAACACCGGUUGAAACACAUUUGAACACCAGAAAGCAUAACAGUGACUGCUGUCCUAGCUGCCAACAAAGCUUUAGUAUGGCAUCACAGUGCUUCAGCUGAACUGACUCCCUGUGUAUAGAAACAUCAAGAAUCAGCUGAUAAGACUACCAUCAUUCUACGUCACUGUUACUACAAACCAUCAGUGUAAAGUUUGGGUAAGGUCGUUCCUCCUAACCACCAAAGUCAUCCGGCCUUUUCCCCGCCCAGCAGACCAUGAUGUUUCGCGAUCAGGUGGGCGUGCUAGCCAGCUGGUUCAAAGGGUGGAAUGAGUGCGAGCAGACAGUGGCUCUGCUGUCCCUGCUGAAGAGGGUGAGCCGGACCCAGGCCCGCUUCCUGCAGCUCUGUCUGGAGCACUCCCUCGCCGAGUGCACUGAACUGCAGGUCCUGGAGGCAGAGGCCAACAACCCAGGAGUGAUUAGCCAAUGGCAAGGAGAGUCGAAGGAGCGUGUCAUCUCGCUCGUCCUCACCCACCUCCCGCUGCUCAAACCAGGCAACGUCGAAGCCAAGGGCGAGUACAUGCGCCUGCUGCCACGCAUCCUGGCCCACACCAUCGAGCAUGGCCGCCACCUGGAGGAGUCCCGCCAGCUCCUGUCCUACGCCCUCAUCCACCCCGCCACCUCCCUGGAGGACCGCUCAGCCCUGGCACUGUGGCUCAACCACCUGGAGGAGAGGGCCGCUGCCCGGGGAGACUCACUGGAAAGGCCUCCACCUUCGGGACCACACCACCACCACCACCAGUCCACGCCUCCAUCCACCCUCUCAUCAACAGGAUCCUCCUCCUCCACCAACACCUCUUCAUCAGGCAACCUCUACUCCUUGCAUCACCACCAGCGCUACGGCUCGGACGACCGCCUCAACGGCUGGCAGAGCUCCAGGGAUUCAGGGCUGGGCGGAGGCUGGCAUCAGCAGCAGCAGGGCUGUGAGAACGGGCACCUCCUUCUCUACCCAUCAUCCUCUGUGCCCACAACCAUCAACACAGUUGGAACUGGUGGAGGUGGUACCACUGUCCUGACGAGUGGAGGUGGCAGCCAGCAGCACAGUCCCCUGAAGCGCUCCGUGUCCCUCACCCCUCCCAUGAGCGGCCCCAGCAACCAGCCUCUGGGUCACGUCUGGCUGUCCCAAGAGGACCUACGUUCUGCCAGAGGCCCCGCCCCAGACCACGCACCUCUCUCCCCCCAGAGCAGCAUCGCCUCCUCUGGCAGUGGGGGCAGUGAGCAUCUGGAGGAGGCUGGUUUAGGAGGUUCAGGUCUGCAUCGCAGUUCCUUCCACGAUGAGGGCAGCGGCAUGAGGGAUGUUCCUGCGUGGCUGAAGAGUCUCCGUCUCCAUAAGUACGCCGCUCUCUUCUCCACAAUGACCUACGAUGAGAUGAUGUCACUGACCGAAGACCAACUUGAGGCACAGAAGGUCACUAAAGGAGCAAGACACAAGAUUGUUAUCAGCAUUCUGAAGCUCAAAGACAGACAGAAUCUACUUCGCAGCUUGGAAAAGGAUGUGUUGGAGGGCAGUAAUCUGCGCUCGCCCCUACAGGAGCUCCAUCAGAUGAUCAUGACGCCUAUCAAGGCUUUCAAUGGUGGCGAGGAGGCCUCUAUGCAGCGGGCCCUGCUGAGCCCUGAAAGCAAGAGCGCAGCGCCGGGCUCCCACCUGACGGGGGUCGGGGGAGGCGGAGGGGAGGCUGAGUCGAGCACAAGCGUCAUCGCUGAGGGGGAUCUACCCGGCCAGUUCACCCGUGUCAUGGGCAAAGUUUGUACCCAACUACUGGUGUCGAGGUCAGACGAGGACAACAUCAGCUCCUACCUACAACUCAUCGACAAGUGCCUUAUACAUGAGUCCUUCACUGAGACGCAGAAGAAGAGGCUGUUGUCAUGGAAACAACAGGUCCAGAGGCUGUUCCGGUCCAUUCCAAGGAAAACUCUCCUCGACAUCGCAGGGUACCGAACGCAGAGGAGCCGAUUCGGCCAGUCUAACUCUCUCCCCACCGCUGGCUGUGUUGGGGGCAGCGUGUCGGCCCGGAGGAGCCUCCGUCAGUUCCAGAUGCCCUCCAGGAGCUUGCCGGGUGCCAGGCUGGGCCUGCUGGGCAGCAGUGGGCUGCUGGGACCCACACCCCGCAGCUCCAGCAGCACACCCACCGGUCCCAAGCAGGGCAGACAGGGUCUGUGGUUCGCCAACCCCGGGGGAAGCAACAGCAUGCCGAGCCGGACCCACAGCUCCGUGCAGAGGACGCGCUCGCUGCCCGUUCACACCUCCCCACAAACCAUGGUCAUGUUCCAACAAUCCGAUCUUCAGCUUCCAGUGACAGAGCCAGACAUCAACAAUCGCCUUGAGUCUCUGUGUCUGAGCAUGACAGAGCACGCCUUGGGAGACGGUGCUGACCGUACAUCAACGAUAUGAAGCGGAGACCUGAGCGAGAGCAGUGGGACGGCGCGGGUUCACGAGGCUCUCUCACGAUAAGUCACCUCGAGGCCACCAGCCCUCCUGUCCCCUCUGCUUGUAGCCAAUGGUAGAGCUCAACCAAAGGAUCGGGGCGGGAUUCAAGACCCCCCAGAGAGCGCCAUCAUCAAACGGCUAACGCUAUCACAUUGGCACCGUCCAUCGGGUCGGAAAAAAAACACUUCCUGCUCCGCCAGCAUCUGGGUGAGGAGAGAGGACAAGCCUUGAACACGGUCUGGACAGUGUGUGAACAGCGCCCCCACCCCCUGACCCCCACCCUCCGGCAGGCCAGAAGCAGUACUGCAGGCCAGCAGAAGGGAGACGCUGGCCUGCGGAUCGGGGCCCGGUAACACUGAGGCCCCUUCCCUCUCCGACACCCUCGGACCCCCCUUCCCCCCCCCUCCCCCAGCACAUCAUCGACCACAGCUCGUGGCAUUCUUCAAAUCCAUUACAGUACCUCAGAGCCAAAAACAAGACGAGCUAAGAGGAAGUUUGGGAUUUCCUUGACUGUAUUCGUCCAGCAAGGAUGUUUGUAGAGCUCGGGAAGGGCCUCUUGCUCAGUAUUUGGGGGGGGGGGGGGGCAAAACAAAAUCAUUUAUUUGUAUUGUAUGUAUUUAUUGUUUACAUAACGAUGCUACUUUCAAAGGGUACAAAAACAUGUAUGAAUUUCAGGUAUGAAUCGUGAAAUUUUCUGUAAAGCCUUGGCUGUCUACCAGCUUUACGUCCCGAGUAGCCAUCACGCUAGUUUACAACCAACGUGCUUAUUCUUUAUUUUAGCAGCCAAGACAUGUCGGCUUGAACAAGAGAGAGAAAGAGAGAGGAGGGGGAGAAAGAGGCAGGUGUGUGGAGAUGAGAGGUAGGAGAAAGAUACAGGAUGUAGUAGAAAAGAGAGUGGAGCUGAGGUGAAACUGGAAAGGGAAGCGGAUGUUUAAAGGAGGACGGCGUCAGAGGCGGGACCUCUGAUCAGCCGAACACGACCGAGGAAGAUGACGCCAUGUCUAAUCAUGUUGUUCACAUGAGCGAGUGUCGGAGGAAGUGAGUUUGGCAGCGGUCAGUUACACAUUGUUUAUCCACAGCAUGUACUGUAUGAACUCUUUUGAAUUCAGAGCCUUUGUAGGCAACAAUACAUUGAAAAUGUAGAGUUUUUUUUAUAAAUGGGAGAUUGAUAUUGUCAGUGGGAUCUGUCUGCAUGUUCAGAUACUGGGUUUAGUUUGUUUUUUUAAAGCAGGGUGAUAUGCUUAAGCUGCAUGUUACAACUAAAUAUCUUUUUUGGGGGGUACAGGAAGAUUGUGAAAUGUGGAGAAGACGACAGAGAAAACAAAACAAGAGGGCUAUUUGGCUUCCACUCAGACCAUGUUGCAACAUGGGAGAAAUCACACACUGUCAAUCCAUGAAGGGUAGCUUUCCCAGAGAUUGUCUCAUUAGUGCUUACCUCCACCUGCUGGCCGACCGCAGUCAGAGCGGGGCAGACGCCUGUGAACACGCAGGCAGAUUAUACACAGAUCAUUUAUGAGCGUUAUAAUUAGGAAAUGUUAAUGCUGCAGGAAAUCCCUCACAGAUCGCUGUGUCACAUGGUCUUCUGUCUGCUCCGGGCCUCUAUAGAAUUUAUUUUCUUUCUUUUUUAAAUACUGACUUCUGGUUAUUCUGUGUCUUAAUAUUUAUCCUCCGUUUAUUGUGUCUGGUAGACAGACUUCAUAAGAACAGAUUGAUGGAAAAUAAGCUGGUAUGAAAACUCUCCAACUAAACAGUCACCAUCCAGGGUUAUUGAUUAUUAUUGUUUCGUUUCGUUUCCUUAGUUUGUUGCAAUUCUAUAGUACUUCCUUUGUAUCCUGCACUUGAUAUGAUAAUGUGAUACACUAAAAUCCAGCUUUGGAGUCGGAUCACAUGGAGCAGAUUGGAGGCAGAAGUGGAGCGGUAGAACCACAACAGGUGGCCAUUAUCCCGCCGCUUUGUUUCUUUGAGUCUGACGGUGGAUGUUGGAGCUGAAGAUGCUUUGUCUUCUCAUGUCGCUCAUCGCUAGAGGACCAUGCCAGGGUUUGUGCACGUUUUGCUCAUUAACAAACCUUUUAAAACACUCUGUGUUACUAUAAACUAUACUUAUUUUAUGUGUUUCCAACCUUCAAGGUUGCACAGGAAAGAAAAUAAUGAUAGAAAUAAAAAACACUACAGGACAAUACAUUCAGUGUGUGUCUAAAGAGCUCAAACAUGCAGAAGAACUGUGAUGGUGCCUGAGAGUGGAUCAGAUGCAGUGAUGGCGGCUUGAAGCUGCAGUCUGGAUCAGUGCACACACACACACCACAGGACAGUGUAUGUGUGUUAGUGACAACAGUGCACUGCCUCAGUCGUGUGUGUUUUCUGCACCUUGAGUCUGUAGCCAAUCAGAAGUGGUCUACACGUUUGAAGAUGAAGAUUCCACCAAAGCAUGAACUGAUGUCACACCUUUCUGUCUGACGCUCUUCGCUGAGAAGCAUCGGAGCCUGUUCCGAUGUCACUGCCAUAUGAAUCAGUACUUAAAGUAGAUACAAUUAUUUAUUCUUUUUUUCAUAAUUUUUGCAGAGGUGAUACUUUUACUCAUUUAGGUGUAUUAUUAUUUAAAGUACCAUAUGUAUUAACAUGUUAUGGCUGGUGACCAUACGUACAUCUCAAAUAUUAACAUAGUUAUUAUUGACUUUGACUGUUAACUUUUCUUUCUCGUCGUUGCUGUUGUUAAACUAUAAUCUUGUUUGUAUCUAUCAGUGUCAUGUUGAGAUUAGUUUUCAUGUGAACUCGGAGCGUGAUGCGUGUUCAGUUACCAAAUUCACUUCAGAAGAACUGUCAGCAAACAGAACCAGCGGGGUGUUGUUGUAGGCUUUGGCAUGCCAGGAAGUAGACUGGUCCAUUGUGACCAGUUACCACCUCACUGCAUGGUCCUGAGGUGAACAAUCUAGGUUGAAAUGUGUGUUACUUUAAAGAAUGAGGCUGGCAUUAUUCGACAUAUCAUAAUGUCAACAAAUCCUAUGAAAAGACCAAAUUCUAAAGAUGUAGACUUUCAAAAGGAAACGGUGCAUUUGUUGGGGACUAUUUCCAGCAGCGGAUGAAUCUAUAUUUGGUGCUCUAUGGAUGAUUUGAGGCAGCAGGACAUUGUAUGAUGGAUUGACUGAAAUGAACUACAAUAGUUUUGCAUUGUAAGGAAGGAACACGUCAACCAGUGCAACAGUGAGGCUUAUCGAUGUGUGUUUUGAAUCGUUUGGUAAGAGUAUUAUAGCAAAGAAGUGAUAUCAGGAUUUGAUACACAGUGUUGGUUUUGGUCUUUUCAUAGGAUUUGUUUAUGUUAAAAAUAGUAGAGAACAUCACCAGACCUGUCCUUUACACAUCAUGUGUUAAGAUAAACCAACCUGCAGUCUGUAAUGUAAUCAAAGGGAUUAUUGAAACUGUCGUACACUUGCAGUAUUUUUAUUUACUUCACCUUGCCAUGUUUGAGUUAUAAAGGUGUUGAAACAAAGUUUUUAGUUUUGCAUAAAAACACUACUUUUUGUCUGUGACUGACAGCAUUCAUAACCUGAGUUUAUGGGAUGUUUCUAUGCGUGCAGAGUAACAUAGUAACGUUCCAUGUUGUGUAUUUGCAGUCACAGAGCGUCUGUGUGACGGGACAGUGGAGAGUUACAGCUCUGAGGGUCAUUACACAUCUCUUCAAACCAAAUGCUUUAUUUGUUCUAAAUGCAUAUCAGCUCUGUGGGAGUCCAGGAGUGCUAACGCUGUGCUCACUGCAGUAUUAACCGUUAGAUAUCGCCUUGAUAUUCCAAAAAAAACAUUUAAUGUACUUUAAGUUGAGACAUAUAUGCUGUUUUGUAUCUUUUACUUUUUGUCAUAGGUUCUGCAGUUUUAGUAUGUUGAUAUGGGAUGCCAAGAUUUCUCUUUUGUCUCUGUAUGUUCAGCAGCAUCCAUUCUGUAACUAAGUGUUACCGCUUGACUGCUCCUUUAUUUCAUUUCGUUUUAUUUUAUCAAAGAGCCGAUGUCCUGUAUUGACUGCAGGCUUACAUAUAUAUUUGACAAAAGAAUAUUGUAUGUUUAAUAAUAAAAAAACUCAAAAAGACAAAAAAGUGCAGAAAAAAAGAAAUGGAGAAAAUUGAAAGAAAAAAAUGUGUAAUUUAUAUUUUCAAAGUGCAUGCACGAGGCGGGGGACGUCAUAUUUAGAAUAACAAAUGGCAGUGCCUUUUUUUGUACUCGAGACAUUCACCCCAAAUGUAAAUGGUUUUAUAUAGACUUUAAAAGCUGUUGUGUUACAGGAUGAAACGGCUGUGUCGGGCCACACUCACACUGCAGCUGCACGUCCCCGUUCAGACCCCCCCCCCCCACAGUGUUAUGUAGAUAAGGAACAGAUGAAAGUGUUAACUCAUCCAAGGAUUGUCUAGAUGUAAACCUGAUCCACAUGAGCAUACUGAACACAUGAAAGAGAGUUAUUUUAGAUUCGAGGAGACAAUUUAUAAUAAGCUGACUAUUUUCUUAUUUAAUUUGUCAUUCAUUCAGACUCAAAUCUGUAGUAAAAAUGUCUGGUAACUUCUUUCCAUUGACCAAAAUGAGAUUAAAAUGAGAAGAGAAAGGAAUCGUCUAAUAUUUCCUCCAUGUGUUUAACACUUAGUGUUCAUGUAGACAGUACAUCAAUGUGGCAGCAAUACUGACCAAGCAGAAGCUGAAACCAUGAACACUGACUUGUACUUUCUUAUUAUAGUCAAUUGUAUUUAGAUUAGCUUAGUCUUUACACGUAGACAAUCAUCUAAAUGAAUCCUCUGAGGACACAAGUUGAGGAUCUGGAGAGAAUAUGAUCAAGUUUCACCCAAAUCCAAUUCAUAAAUCAAAGCGAAACUCAAUAAGUGAUGUCCAGUUUACUGCACAUGGUUGAAAAUAAGUAUUUUAAACUUUAGGCAACAUUUAAAGCAUCUUCAUGUUUGAUAUUUGCUGCUCUCAAAAGCUAAAUGUGAUCAAACACAAAGUUGAUCUGAAUGUAGCGUGGGGGGUGCAGUGUGAGCGAGGCCCGGGCGGUGAACUGGGUCUGUUGUUUUCUGUCCUCUGUAGGUACUUAAUGCUGAUAUAAAGUUAUGAAUUGCUCUGGUCUGUACAAACAUGUGUGAAUGAGUGUGAAUGUGAGUGUGUGUGAAAACAUUCAAGUGUUAUUCAAUGUGUCUUGCUGUAUCUGUGGCGACGUACCAGAAUGCUGUGACUUGGCAUGCCCCCGUUAUACAUAAAGAAAAGUUGUAACUCCUCCAGCGUCUGUGUGUGUGUGUGCGUGUGCGUGUGCGUGUGUGUGUGUGUGCCUGUGCGUGUGUGUGUGUGUGUGUGACAGUAACAGGGUUUACAUGGCCGUUUGUAGUGUUUUAAUUCAGAUGAAGCACCUAUUCUGCCGGUGUAGAUCUGCAGGUUUGAGAUGGACUUACAGCAUCGGAAAACAAUUUAGCGCUUGAUAUCAUACAUUAAAGAACAAAGAGAAAUGUCAACUGUUGGAUUUUCCCUUUC